AUGAAACAACACUUUGAUCUUGAAGUGGUGGCCUCAGCAGAAUAUGAAUCUGAAAUUAGCAGCCAGGUUGCUUCCAACAUAUCUAUUCAAGAAACCUAUGCAGGUCCUUGCAGCAACAACCUUACCAACAACUCUUCCAAUGUCACAAAACCAAUAGAACCUCAUCUCCAAUCAGAUGCUAUCUCCCUCGACUUAACUCUCAACUUCAACAACAAUGACUUGGUGGUUGGAGAUUCGAGAGGACUCUCAUUCUCAAGCACUACAAGUGAGAGCAGAAACGAUCCUCCCUCUCAGAGUACUCACUCUCAAACCAUGCCACGAGUCUUCUCUUGCAAUUAUUGUAAGCGCAAGUUUUUCAGCUCUCAGGCUCUUGGUGGCCACCAGAAUGCACACAAGAGAGAAAGAACAUUAGCAAAGAGAGCCUUGCGGAUGGGUUUUUUCUCCGAGAGGUAUGCAGGUCUAGCAUCUCUCCCUCUUCAUGGUUCUUUCAGGUCCUUAGGGAUAAAGGCACACUCUUCUCUGCACCAUGGCUUUUCACCUACAACGAGGCCUCCUGAGAUGAAAAGCAGUGCAAGAUUUGAGCAAGGAUAUAUUGGUUUUCCAAUAUUCUUGGAGGAGGAUGAGGCAGAACUCUUGUGGCAAGGUAGUUACCAUCAGGUUCCCUCUAAGGGAAGCCAUACUCAUCAGAAUUUCACACUGAGUGGAAGCUCAAAUUUGAGUUUUAUUGGGGUGAAUCAUCCAACUGUUGAGAUAGAGAACUCAACACCUGAGUUGACAUUGAAACUUUGA